AUGAAGUACUUCUCGUGUCAGCCGGACUCCCACAACGCGUUCGGGUCGUUGACGAACGGCGUUCUAACGUACUUCACGGUGGACUGCGCGCGCUACCGGCGCGUGGCGGCGAACGGCAUUGGGGACGCGGCAGAACUGCACACCCCUGUCACAGGAGGAGACGCGGCUGUGGGAGGCAGUGCGCCAUCGCAGUGGUCCGGCCAGCAGCCCUUCACGGCUUCCUCCUCUUCCACCAGCCACAGCGCGGGACAUGGUGUUACCCAGCACGACGUGCACUUCACCACCGAAACACGCAUGCACAUCCAGCGCACGCUGACCCUGCCAAGCCCCUUCCAAGGAACUCAGUGCUUCUUCAGCAUGGCAAAUCGUACCGUCUUUGGCACCGAUAUGGCGUUUAUCGGUGCCGCCAACGGCUUAUUGGCCCUCGCCGUGCUUCAGGAGGAUCUGCUGCUUUACGUGCGAGGAAAGGACCCGCAGAGUCUGCGUGAGCAGCUGCAGCGUCAGCAUGCGGAGUCGUCCUCGAUCCUGAGGCGUUGCUCCACCUCGGACAGCGGCGUGGUCGCCCGUCGGCCUCCCUCGCCGCCCGCCAUCUCUCUGACGCUGCCAUCCCCAUCGAGGGGCGGAGGCGGCGGGGGCGGUCUUUUCUCUUUCCCUUCCUUCACUGGCGGUGCCGCCGCUGCGGCGAAGACGAGCGGGUCAACCUCGUCGUUCCAGGGUAGGGAUCCCUCCUCCAACGCAGCCGCCCCCGCGUCAAUGUCGCCGCACAGAGGCAGAGGCGUCGUCCGUGGGCUGUAUCGCAGAGACGCUCCUUCCACGAUUACAUGGAUGCGCAACAAGCCUCUCGUGCUGGUGGGCUACACCUCAGGGUGGGUGGAGUGGUACGAGGUAUCUAUCUCUGCCGCAUACCGGAAGGAGCUGCUGGACCCGGCGGAGGAGAUCCCAUACGGUGCGUCAGUGACACCUGGCGCCUUUGCCUACCAGGCCCUGAACCGCGACUCCCUCACCAGCCACGUCGCUCGCGUCGCUGUCGGAGGCCAGAUAGCCGGCCUGCGGGCUGAGCUGGUCGCCUCGUGCGUUCUUGCGGAGGCUGGCGCACUUGUGUGCAGCGACUACUUCGCCGCCAACGGCACGGUCGCCGUUGGGAGCGAGCGCGGCAGCAUCUUUCUCUUUGACGCCGACCAGCUGGAGGCGCCGCUGUGCGAGCUGCAACUGAGCACGCCGAGCGCGGCCUUCCUAUAUUGUCACCCUUUCCUGCCCAUUGUAGGUGUGCUGUCGCAAUCCGUCUGGACCGGAGCCGAGGAGCAGACGACCUCGACGGCAGCGGCGGCGGCGCGGAGGCGACGGGACAACAGCCCGACCUUGCACCUUACGGACAGCCACAACAGUGGCGUGGUGAGGCCAUCGGUAGGCCAGGUGGACGGCGCUAUCGGCACUUGUGUGGGAAGUCCACAGCGUGGCGUCACGAGUGGCAAGCGCGGCCCGACGACUUUUCCACUCGUGCCGCUGCAGGGCUCACGAGAUGACCCGAGGAGCGGCCCGCAUCAGCUCUCUUCUCCUUCCGGAGCCACGCCCUCGGCAGCAGCCCAGGGGGCGCCGAAGCCGGAGCGGCACGUCGGGUGGCAUGACGCGAGUCCCGCAGCGUUGAUGAGCGGGGGGAACGUCGCUGAGGCCUUCUCGAGCGGCAUCGGUGCAACGUCACCUUUGGGGCUCUACGGCGGCGGUGGCGCCAUUCCAGAGGUCGGUGCUGCUUCGGCGUUGCACUCCGGCUGCUUGCUGACGUUUGCUGAGUACCGAAAGGACCCCCCGCCGCGGCUGCUGUCGCGUACCUGGACCGGGGCCCAACCCCCAACGCCGUCACAUCGGCUGACACAGGUGCUGCAGCACCGAAUGGAUGGCGCGGCGGCACGGUACGGCGCGUACUACACCUUCUCCUGGAAGUUCAGCUUUGAUUUGGAGCUCGCCGUUGGCAACCUCGAGGAAGGGGCGCUGCACAUCGUCCGCGCGGCUCGCAUUAUGGACAGGGAUGCAGGCUCUGACGUGGGCGACGCGGCUGAAGAGGAGGACAGAGAGGGCAGCGCAGCGGACGGUGAGCGGGGCGUGCCGGCAUCAGCCGCUAGCACCGCCUCCGCCGCCCACCCGAGCUCGUACCAGGUGGUGCAAGACUACAACGUUCGUCUGCCGUUGCACUCCCUUGUGAACGUCGAGUACGUGUCCGCCGCCACGUCGUCCCUCAGCGCGCUAGACAAUGCAGCCGCCGUCACAAAAGCGGAGCCGAUCGCCGGGUGCAGCGGCAUGGGUAGCACCACAGCGGAGCAGUCGCUCUUUCAGCGGGAUGCAGAGCGGUGUCAGCGGCAGACGGCGCUGCUCGGCGCCGCUGUGGACCCGAGAUGUCGCCUCGGCUUCUCUUCCGUCUCCCCAUCUCAGGCAAGCGCCGUUGCGGGGGUGUUGUGCCGGCCCGCGAAUCCACUCUGGGCUGGCCUGGCUGUGGUGUCGAUGCCGCGUGGUGGCCGACAACACGAGCGCGGCCACAGUGGCGAUGCCCACCGCUACGUUGGCGAGCUGGACCUGUUUGGCGCUAGCAGAGGCCACGGUGGCGCCUUUGGCGUCUUGUACUCCCCUGCGAGCAUGAGGGCCGGCGAUGGCGCAGCAGGUGUGAUUGGAUGUGCGAGCGCGAGUGGCUGUGCCGCAGACGACGGCGGCCCGCUGCUGAAGGAGAACGCGCUGGCGGCGGCGAUGCGGCAGCCGUUUUGCGGGGAUGCCGGCGCUAUUGGCGGCACGCGCUACCAUCGGCGACACACUGGAGAGACGGGCAACAGCAGCGGCACCGAUGCCACGUUGAGUCGCUGGUUUUACUCAUUAGCGAUAACCUCCGUCUCCACGCAGCAGUCGCAUCAGCAGCGCCGGCGAGAGCGGCGACGGCUCCGCCGCGACCCGCGGGCACCCGCCAUCACAGUCCCCAGCUACGCGGCGAUGAGCACCAAGAACGAAAUCGCAAGCGCGGCGCUCAUCGCCGCUGAUCAACGUGUUGACCUCCACGACGCCCUUCGAAUAGGACCCGGCAAUGUGUCAUGUGUCGCGGUAAUGAACGCGGCGGGCGAGGUGGCGUCGGUGCCGAUCGAGGUACGGGCUGUGUCCGCGUGGCACGAGGCCGGCAGCGUGUUCGUCGGCCUCGGCCCCACACUGUACGCCGCCGACCUUGUCUCCAUCCAGGGAAUCGAGCGACUCAUGCGGCGGCGGUACGCUGCCGGCUUUGGCCUCUCGUCCGUGGCCAACCUCGCCGCGGUAAAGGAGGUGGGCGGUUUUGGCAGCGAGGAUGUGGCCAUGCUGCUCUUGUACGUGGUUACGCUGGAGGCGGUCUCGCUCGUGGCUUUGUCCGGACCUGUGCCAUCGCUGAUGGAGCUGCUGCACAGCUCUCCUGUUACCGGGCGUGGCGCUCUACAGAGAGAGGCGGCGGCGAGGGUGCAGGCGCGUUUGGGGCCUGUGUGGCGAGCGAAGAUGGAGGCGUGCGUGUGCCAUGAGGACCUGUGCUGCCUUUUGGUGUUGCAGGUGCUGCGUUGGCUGCCGUCAUCACUGACAGAAGAGGCCGGGCAGCCGUGGCAAGGCAUAGUGCAGCCGCCCCCCCUUUCGGACACGACACCCGUGCUUGGGGAGAAUAGCACCAACGUGGACAUCGAGCGCGCCGUCGCGGUGGAGGUGACGCACGGGCGCCACACCGAGGCAGCGGAGCUGCUUCUCCGGUUUGCCGGCCGCUCUCCGAGCUAUGGUGCCAUGGCUACCCUUCUUCGCCGCCCCGAGGAGGCCCAGUCCAUGGUGUGUAACAGCGACCCCCGCGUGUGUGCGUCGUUUCGUGCCUCCCUCACCCCGUGGUUGCUCGUCGUCUUCCACUGCGUGUGCAGCCCCUGCGAUGGAGCGUCGCGCAACCAGUCACAGGUCGCGGCGGCGACUGAGAAGGGGCUACACGACGAUGCGGCCUCCGUACGGACGGUACUGCCCCCGCACCUCUACCGGCAUUCGGCUUUGCCCUUCUGGGAUCGCGUCGCCUUGGCAGUGGUCAUGGAGGCGGGCACGACAGCUGCCUUCACUCAUGUCAUGCAGGACAUCCUCCUACGAGAGUGCAACCCGGUUCAGGCGUUGCUGCUCCAGUAUGGCAUUCACCUCCGCACCUAUGCCGCCAUGCAGGAGAUUGUCGACUGCACCGGGGACUUCCAGCUCGGCGCGUGCCUGUUCGCUCGUGUCGGUGUGCUUACGACGGCGGCGGCGCUCGCUUUUCCUUUCUUGCUGGACGCCGAGGUGAGCGCCGCGGCGGCCACCGCGGCAGCGACGGAGCGGACGGCGGUUACCUCGCCAACUGCGCGCAGCCACAAGCUCUCUGCCAUUUCUACCGACUACCAGCUGUACAGUUACCGCGCGGACGGCGGCUUUGGAGGCUACGGUGACGGCAACAACGAGGGCCAAGGACGCGACAGCGUGUACGGCUGCUCCCCGUUCUCGUACCUGCGGUCUAGCCACAGGAGGCGCAGUUCUGGUCAGCUGCCUUCCUCUUCAGCCCGUGAUGAGCGGGGCUCCCUGGAGGAGGGUGUGACGCACACGGCACGGCUCGUGCUCAACAGCGCUCUGCCGCCGCCAGCACGGGCGCCAAGGGAGGCGAUAAGUGGCGUCCGUAUGCUGCCCCACUCUGUGGACGCUGUUCGCGUCAGCAAUAGCCUUCCUCCUGGACACAUGCUGCGCUAUGGUGUCUCACCGAACGACGCAGCCGCGGGCAACGGUCAUGGGAGCGGUGACGGCUUCGGCAACGCCGCAGACAUCGACAGUGACGACGCAGACGCGGAUGUGCCGUGGGUGUGGUGGGCCGCGGCGUACCGCUCUUUCCUUGACGACGAGCAGGCGUUUGUGCGCCGCACGACGUUUGAUGUGGAGUGUCGUCAGCUGCGCGGUGGCGCGUUCCUGGCCCGUGACGCCGCCGCCGCAGCCAUGAACGUCUGCACCGCAGACGCCGCUUCUUCUUCGUCCGCUGCUGCCGUCGCCUCAGUGGCUGGAGACGCACGUGCUGGUCGUUACGGCAGAGGGUGUCGUUCCCUUCACCGUACCCCGCCGCAAGAUACGGAGGCGGUGGGACUGCGCUGCUCCUCUCCCUCUCCCUCUCCCUCUCCCUCUCCAGCGGAUCUCGUAUCGAGGUCAGUUGAGCAGUGCGUGACUCGUCAUGUGACUAGGGCUGGCGACGGGACGACGAGUGGUGGUGGUGGUAUCUGUGUUGGCCGCAGUCUUUCAGCAGCAGCAUCCUGGUCCUCUCCGUCUGCACCGUCGGUCUUCGCAGGUCCCUACGGCGGUGGCGCGACACACGUCACCUCCGUUACACCCCCGUAUGCAUCAGCCUUCAUGCGAUCACCAGAGUCGAAACCCUGCGUGUGCGGGGAGCAGCAUACUGGCACGCAGCUUAUCCGGUCACUGCUGAGCAUCUGCAGCACGACGACGACGCGGUGCUGUGUCUGCCUCGAGACCGUACGGCUAGGUUCCAAGGAUGUGGACACCGCCUUUGCGUGGUGCACAUCAUGUGACCACGGCGGGCAUGCGUACCACCUGCAAAGCUGGUUCCGUACACACCGGCGCUGCCCCGUGAACGGAUGCGACUGCCAUUGCGAUGAGGACUCGAACUUAUACUGA